GCCUGCAGCCGUGGCGGUGGGGACCGGAGUCCACCCCUUGGGCUCCCCCAUUUGCCUGGGGGCGAUCGUGGACAAAGUGCUGCCCGUUUAUGGCGGUGAGAUGAUCCUGACCAAGGCUGCGCCCAUUCAAGCACAACGGCUACUGGGACAGCCAGCAGGCUUGGAGUCAUACUCCGGCGGUGAGUCCGAUGUGGCGGUGUCGGUGUCCGCCACCGGCCUCAAGGGCGAGGCGUGGCAUGCCUAUGUCACCGACUCCUUGGAUGCUCGUGAAGCACUCCCUCCGGAGCAUGUGGUACAGGACUGCAUGGAGACCUUUGAGAAGCUUCCUUUAGAGACGCACGGGGAGUCCUUAGUCAUCAAUUGCCCAGGAAGGUGCGCAGGUGCAGGAAAGCUGGCUGGUACCUUGAUCUAUUCGCCUGACAGCUCCGUGUGUUGGGCGGCGGAGCAUGCCAAGGUGAUCGGCCCCCGCGGUGGAAGGGUGGUGGUCACCCGAAGACAUGGGCAGAACGAGUUCUUCGGGUCCACUGAGGGCUCCGAGCAGAGUCAAGACGCUCCCGGAGCGGAUGCCAGCUAUACGGUGGCGCUUCCCACCUCUGAUGUGUUGGCGCGGAUGUCUGUGCUUGGGCCAAAGAUGGCCUUCCUGUAGAGAUUUGUUAGUGGCGAAGCUCGCCGGUUGCAGGAAAAGGGCACCUUCACAGCUUGGUUUGUACACAUUGCUCCUAAUAGCGUCCUUGCUCCUAGUAGUAAGGCCAGGAGCCCCUAGUAGCG